AUGAGCAAAGAGCCUCGGAUCAAGAUCUUGAACGGUCAGACUGUGCAGGUGAGGAAGGAAGACCAUACAAUUAUGAACCCACUGAGAUGGUGCAUAGGAAAGAACUUCACGGGCGAGAAGGUGGAGCUUGUGGGAUACACCAUCCCACAUCCUUCGGAUGAUAUUUCCAACAUAACAAUCCAGCUCUGUGACGAGUCACUGCAGACCCCUCCCAACCUUCUCAAGAAGUUGGUAGAAGGCUUAGAAUGCAUGGAAGCCAUUGGAGCCAAGAUAGCAAGUGAGAUAGAGAGGUCCAAAGGUGGAUUUAAUAAAUAG